CAAUUUUUCAGGCCAAAACCCCAACUGGGUACUGCCACUUUUGCAUGUGCUAAUUAAAUAAGCUGCUACAAACUGUAAAAAAUUUUCAUGAUAUUCUGCAGGCUGAGCUUCUUUGUUGUAGCUUCAGUUACAGCUUUAGCUGUUUCUCCGAUCAACCAUAUUGACUCUUUCAAGAAGACUAGAUCCUCAAAUAUCAAACACUCAGAGAAAAAUGGCUCAAGCUUUAAAGAGAUUGAAGGAGAAGAUGAAGAAGAUAAGAUUGCAGAUAACUUACCAUUACUCUUUUUCUCUCUUUUACAAAUACUCAAAAAAAGGAAUGGAAAUUAAUACAAAUAUGAAAUAAUUAACAUUAAUUUCACUUGUAGUAGGAUGAGAAGGCUCAGCAAGAAGAGGAGGUUAAAAGGAUCAGAAGGAAGAUGAAAACACAUAUUUUGAUGAAGGAAUUAGAGAAGAGGAAGAUGGUGCUUGAGAGAAAACUGCUUGAGCUAUAUGGACUAAAAGAGUAGCAAGAAUUCAUUGCUCAAAUGCAUAGGCAUUUAGAGGAGAAGAUGACAGAGAUUGAUAUGCUCGGUGGCACUGUUAAUACAUUGCGCGAUGACAUAUAGAAUCUUCAAGAAGAGAUAAAGCAGAAUAUCUUUGCAAAUCGCAGCUAGAGAAAGCGAAAAAAACAGUGGAGGAAUUGGAAAAGAAGAUGGAUGUCAAUGCAUGCCAUAUGAAACAGCAUUUGAUGAUGCUUGAAGAACAAGUAUCUGAGUUUCAGUGCAGUAAAGGAAACUAUACUGACAAUGGCAUGAUUGAGAAGAAGCUUAAAGCCGCGAAGCAUGUAGAGUUAGAAUAUGCGGAGAUGCAGAGGAUAAACAAAGAACUUGAGCUGGAAAAGAGGGAAUUGACAGUUAAGUUAGUUAGUGCUCAAGCUAGAAUUAUUUCCGUUUCCAACAUGACACAGGAUAAAAUCUUGGGAAAGAUGGAGGAAGAGAUGAGAAUUUUGAGGCAUAUCAAUGAAGACCUGUUGAAAGAAGUCGAAAAGCUGCAGAGAAAUAGGUUUAAUGUGGUUGAAGAACUGGUUUACCAGCGAUGGCUUAAUGCUUGUCUAAGGUUUGAAACACAUAAAUAUCAAACACCAUCAAGAAACAUCUCAUGUGAUCUCAACAAUUAUGCAAACCGCAAGGCUGAAAAGGAAGAUAAACAACUAGUAUUAGACCUCGGUUUUUACAGGAUUUCUUCUCCCACUUCAUCUUCAAAUGAGGGCAAUGACAGUUCCACUAGCACUGAAAGCUCUUCAAAUAGCCAGAAAAGUGUCAAUAGUAAUAAAUCUGCCGAAGAAGUCUUUUUACCAGAAAUGGCCUAAUUCGUCGACACUCUACUUCAAUGGUUCCAUCAAACAGGCCUAAAAUGGUGCAAGAGUCCACCGAGUCUCCGGACACACUGAAUUUCCCGCGUGUAAGGAGAGUUUCUUUUUGUGAUUUAGUU